AGAAAGAAAAAGGCAAAAAUAAUACAAGAUUGAAAGUGAAAACGAAGAAGAUAUGAACGACGAAUGGACUUAAUCGAUAUAAAAUUGUGAAUAAAAAUCGAUUUUUCGUUAUUUCUAAGCAAAAUAAUACGUACAACAAAAGAAAAUCUCUCUGAUGGAAAUUCAGGAUAAACAUUUGGUUCAAGGUCAAGGUAUAAAUAAUGCUUACCAUCUCCAUCAACUUCAACAUCCUCAACAACCUGCCUUCAAUAAUUCAAGUACUAACAACAGCUUUCACAGCAAUAAUAAUCCAUCACGUUUCGAUCCGAAUUUGAAUAAUGUAGCAGCAUCGUCGACGUCUGUGGCCCCCAACUCCUUCGAGAACAUAAUUCUCGUUGGAACGGGCACCGAUUCGACGUCACUCUUGCUCGACGAUGCCUCAAAUUCGCGUUAUUUGAUAAAUUCCUUCGCGGAUCGCACGCAAGGACCUCCGCCGAGUUACGAAUCGUUGGUUCAUCAUCAGCAACAAUCCCAAACGCAAUUGCAUCACCAACCGGGCGACUACCAAAGCAAUACAAAUGACUUUAUACUGCAAGAUACGACAGGCAAUCAGAUAAUUUUUCAUCGAAACGACUCGGUUGACGUUCAAAACUCCCAAAAUCGCCUUUAUCCGCAAGCAGCAAGUCUCUUGGAUGACACAGACGACAAUUCCGCCGAGUUGGAAUCCGAUAUGCAAGCGAUGAUCGACAAUUAUGCGCGAAAUUACGAAACAUCGAGCUUCGAAGACUCCAAAAAUGAGAUCAUUAUCAACCAAUUCGACAUUUUGGGAGGCACGAAUGAUGAACAAAGUCAAGGAAUUAACUUACUGAUUGAACAAAAUGCUGGCGUCGGAUAUUUAAUGGAUCAACAUAGUCGACAAGCGAGUGAAGAAGACGCUGAUGGCAUCGUUCUUGAUCGAGAAAGGCUUUUGUUGGAAAAUACAAUGUCACCAUUGCUUGCUGCUGUUACUCAAGCCGAAACGCAACUCGCUAAUACGAGCCUUAACGGAAUUGAUCUUUUCAACACAAUUCCCGAUGAAACGACAAUCCCAACGGUAGUUGAAAGCCUUAAUGCUCGCAUCGAGGAGUCAUGUAACCCGAAAAUUGAUCCAAAUUUGAACAUUAAACGGGAGGAAAAGGAAUUGGUUAUUGAGAACAGUUUUGUACCUUGUCGUGCUUAUGCGAGUCUACCGACACAAUAUCUUUACUUGAACAAGAAUCCCGAGACAGGAGAUUUCGAAGUUUAUACCAAAAAAUCGAUACCAACAAAUACCAAAUUCGGUCCUUUUGAAGGAGUUCUUCGCAAUUUCCUGCCCGAUCAAAUGGAAGUAUUGAAAAAAGCAGGCGCCGAAGACACAAAAUUAUUCUUCAUCAACGAAUCGCACAUCUUAGACUUGACAGAUGAAAACAUGUCUAAUUGGAUGCGCUAUGUGUCUUUUGCGAAAUCGCCGUCGGAGAAAAACCUUGAAUUAGUACAAUGUGAUGAUGAGCAACUUUUCUUCAAGAGUUGUCGCUUAAUUCGGCAAAAUGAACGUCUUGUGUACGGAAUUGGAUUCGAAUAUGCCCAAAGAUUCGGAUUGACAGAGGAAAUUUCUCGACCUGUGCAGUCGAAACGCCCUCCGUUGUUGCGAAUGUCGGCAAUUAAGGAAGUUGACAUGCAUUUAUUGGAUGCGGAUGAUAUUUUAACGGGACUCGAGGAUGACGAAGAUGAGGACGAGACACAAGAAGACUUGAGAACCGCUUUUAUUAAGACAGAGCCGAAAUCCUUCGAGAGCGAAGAGACGAGUAAUGAUAAGGAAAACACUCUUUUCCGUUGUCGCCCAUGUCAAAAAGUCUUUGUUGACGGGGAGAGACUUGAAAAACACAAUGAAACUGUUCACGCGAAUGAUCCGAGCAUCGAAGGUUUGGAGAAAUCCGAAGUUUGUCCCCGUUGUCGAAAGAGAUUCGAGUUGAAAUCAUCCCUAAAUGAGCAUAUGAAGAUACAUGAGAGCAUAGAUGCACGUCAAAAUGAUCAAAAAUUGAGUGUUAGAACGCUUACGUGUCCUUUUUGCGAUAUUAAAUUGUCGCAAGUUGCUUUGCCGGAACACGUUCGUCAACAUUGCGUCGAUGGAUGGUUCUCCUGUCCUCAUUGCGACAAAAAAGUCAAGAAAUAUCGCUUAAUUCGACGUCAUAUUAGAGAUUACCAUCCAGAUAUCGAACAUCCGUGCGAUCAAUGCGAAAAAUCUUUCAAAACGAUGAAAAAAUUGCAAUUUCAUUUGACUAAACAUUCGACCAAGAAGGAGUUUUUAUGCUCGGAUUGCGGAAAAAUGUUGAAACGCAAAGACAAAUUGAACGAACACAUCAGGCGUUUUCAUUCUGAAGACAAAACCGACUUUGAUGAGGAGAUUCCCGCCACAAUUAAAGUCGAAGAGCAACCAAAGAACACUUCAAACAAAGGCAAACCUCGUUUAACUCGCAAACGAACCAAAGACGAUGAAAGUACGGAAGACGUUGCUAACGACGACUCGAAGCAAGUGUCGACAACAACAGACAAAAUCGAGAAAAAGCGUCGAAUAAUGACAAAAUCUCCGAAUAAUGACGACUACGAACGUUUCAUCUACAAAUGUCACGAUUGUCGUCUCGGCUUCAAACGACGCGGAAUGCUCGUCAACCAUUUGUACAAACGUCAUCCCGAUAUCCCGAUUGACUCUGUGCCCGAACUCAAUUUGCCCAUUCUGAAGGAGCAAAAGUGUUAUUAUUGUCAAUUUUGUGAUAAAGUGUACAAGAGCAGCUCGAAACGCAAGGCGCACAUCUUGAAAUAUCAUCCAGACUCGAUUGACGUCAACGAGGUGCGAAGUUAUCGAAAUCCCGCGUUCAGCGAAACCGUUGGAAGUAUUAAGACAGAGCCUCAGGCAUGCCCGUGGUGUUACAAGCAAUAUGCGAGCAAGACUAAAUUGAUUCAGCAUCAGAGGAUAAAGCAUCCGGAACAGAUGAAGGAGACGGGAAAUUGUUGGACAAGUCAAUCGAGUGUUGAAUCGACUUCGUCGCCGAAUCAUUUAACAGUUCCGGGACAAACGCAACGCACGAAGGGAUUGCAAGAGUUGCAAACUUACAGCAGUUUCGAGAGUGAGAAGGAAUUUUAUGACGUUGAUUAUAUCACAGCAGCAUCUUCGGGAUGUUCACAGCAGCAGCAGCAACAACAACAACAACAGAGACUUUGUCCUCAAAAUAGCAUCGAAUUGCAUCAGGUGCCUCAAUCUGUUCUCGACCCAAACGUUGUUCGCCUUACCGAAUUGACAAUCAACCAACACGAGCUUAUUGACUUGGCAACGGCAGUUACUUCCACAAAAUCCGGCAUUAGUCAUCUCUUCGACGACAUGGAUUUCAUGCAACUCAAAACCGUCGAGCUUCAUUGUCUCGACGACGCUGCUGUCUCAUCCUCAACGGUUCUCCAUCACAACGGCGGAUGAUAAACGAACUGCGAUCACGUGUUGUUGAUGAGCUAAACUAAUAAAAAGCAAAAAUAGUCUUUGGAAUGUGUGUCAAACAAAAAAACUUCAUAGUCACAAAGCACCUUUUCAAAAACUUUCUACUACUUUUGGUAAAGACAUGACGUUUGUCGUCGGUGUCUUUUUUCGCGUGUGAAAACUCGCACGCAUGUCGUCACACGCGGAAAACGCGAACGACUUGUUGUCAGUGUCUUCUAUUGAAACACAAAAAAAAAACUUUUUGGAACCAAAUUUUUGACAAAUUUGGUAAUUACAGUGACAAAAUGCACAAAAAGUCAACUGUAAUAAAAUAUAUAGAAAAAAAUAAAAAAAAAAAUAACAAAAAUUGUCUCAAAUUGGAAUAGAUUUCCGAUUUGAUUUGCAAAAAUAACACUACUAAAAAAUUAAAAUUAAUAAAAAAAAUAACACAAAAAAUAAA